GACUUCCUAGCGAACGUAGUGCCGCUGAACGCAUCCCUGGUAACCAAGGCAAUGACGCCACCCCGUAACCAAGGCACGCUCUGAAGACACAACACUGGACAGCACGGCUAGCAAAUCUUCGGAUAAUCUUCUAACAUUUCGACCAAGCCACGUUUAAGCAUUGGACCGAUUUAAAUAUUAACGCCGUUGUUUCCGAGCUUUCCUCAGGCCACACGUCUAGCCCCUGUUCGGUCUCUCAGACUAAGUUCAUAACCUGAAUUUCAGUGUUUUGAAUACGCUCUACCUGCAAGCUAGCUAACGUUAGUGACAUAGCGUCCAACACCAUGGCUGAAUUCGGGUUUAAUGAGCACCACCAGAAUGAGGUCAUCAGUUACAUGCGGUUUGCCCGUUCAAAGAGAGUCCUGAGGCUGAAGACCAUCGACACAUGUUUUGAAGAACUCAAAGACAGCAGGCUGGUGGAGGAGACGUUCACGGUGGAUGAGGUGCGGGAGAUGCUGGAGGGUCUGCAGGCGGUGGUGGGGGGGGAGGUGGAGACGGAGCUGAUCAACACGGCCCACACUAACGUGCUGCUGCUCCGCCAGCUCUUCUCCCAGGCUGACAAGUUCUUCCUGCGGCUGCAGACAGACAUCUCCGAACUGGAGAACAGGGAGCUGCUCGAGAAGGUUGCUGAGUUUGAGAAGACUGACUUUAAAACCACUAACAAGGUGAACCAGGAGAGCAGUAAACCAAGGCUAGUGCCUCUUAACGAAGGGGGUGUGUCAGAGCUUCUGAACAAGGAGAUCACAAGACUACAGGAGGAAAACGAGAAGCUGAAAUCCAGACUGCGGAACCUGGAGUCCCAGGCCAUGAAUGUGUUGGAUGAGAAGACGAGGGCUGAGCGAGCUCUGAAAGACCUGCAGAAGGUCCAGGGAGACCAGCAGGGGGCGACGCGGGAGCAGGAUCUGAGCAGCCUGGAGAGCACGGUGGCGGCCCUGAAGGAGGACUACGAGCGCACGCUCAACGUGAACGCCGCCUCUCAGAAGGACCUGCAGCAGAACCUGGUGUCGGCCAAACACGACCUGCUGCGUGUCCAGGAGCAGCUUGCCAUGGCCGAGAAGGAGCUGGACAAGAAGUUCCAGCAGACUGCCGCCUAUCGCAACAUGAAGGAGAUCCUGACCAAGAAGAACGAGCAGAUCAAAGAGAUCAGGAAACGACUGCAGAGGUACGAGUCAGACGAAUGAGAUGCUGUUCCUCCCCCUACGCAACCGACGUAGUACAACAACGGAAAACGAUGAAGGCGAGCGAGGACCAAUUUUUCUUUGAUAAAUGUCCUUACCACGCGGAACGUCUUAAAGACACGCCCCCACUUGAUCCAGCACCUCGCCACGCAGACCCAAUGACAUGAAAAGAGAGAGCGAUCCUCAACAUCAUUUCUAUUUUGUCACGCUUUUACCAGAAUUCUGUAGGCUACAGUAUAGAGAAUCUCACGUGGGUUUUGUUUGGGUUGGGCGUAGGCUAGCUUUAACUAGGUCUAUUUGGUAGAAGUAAUGAAAUGAAAACCAGGCAAUCCCCUGAUUGAGAUCCUUCCUCCUAGUGUUGGGUUAGAAUAAAUCUCCUUGUUCCAGAUUCAUUCUUAGUUCCCAUUCCCGCCACAAGUACACAUGCCCCCAUCAGUGGUCUAUGCAAAUAACCCUUCCCUUUGUCCUCUCCCUGGUCGUAAUCUGGAUUAUUCUAGAUUAGUAAUCCAUAUAUUAAUCCAGAUCGUUCUGUCCUUUUGAAGGAGGCCUUUGUGUGUUUUAUGUGUCUGCGUGAUAGGUCGUAAGGGUGUAGAGAGGGGAUAGUUCACCCUCUCACCACUAGGGGGUGGCAUUACUGCCUGUACUGCUAUAACGAAUGCGUUCAGAUAUCAGAUUUGCAUUUCGAAUAAAACCCAUAUUCUAUCUCUUCUAUAACACACUCCAGUACAAAACGUUUAGCUUCAUAUAAUAGAGUCCAUCUAGAGAGCUUUUUCAACAGUGGUGUUACAGCUACUAUUUGGAUGUAUCCAUGAAAUGUUUACUUUGAUUUCUUACAUGUUUAUUUUAUGCCCUUCUAUAUAUUGCAUUGUAUAUCAUUAUAAAAAUCGACGUAAGGAACGAUAGUGAUCCUGAAAGUUUGAACUUCAACGUUACCUAGAAGUUAGGAGUGCAUAUGAUAUUUUUAUCCCAAAAAAAAUGUAUCUUGUUAUUCGAAAGUGAGGUAUUUGACCUGAUGAUGUAAUGCUCUUGUGGAGUGUGAUGCAUCCUAGAUGUUUUAUUUAUUUGUAUCAUCUGAAAUCUAGGCUAACCAAGGCUGUAACCAAAUUGGGGAGGAAAAUAAUUUCAAUCAACUAAGUGAUGUGUUUUGUCCAUUUAUUUACUUCAUUAUUGUGUGCAAAUUAUUCUUGCAGAUCAUUUGUCAUACAAGGUUAAAGUAAUGAUAAUGAUAAUAAACCUUUGGGAUCUUUUGAGAGCAUAUUUGAAACACAACGCAUGUUAAAUAGGUUCAUGAUGACCCUAAUCCAAAAUUAACUGCCAUAAAACCAUGCAAGACAC